AUGGCUACCAUCGAUGCUGCGGAGCGAGCAAGACUCAUCAAGCUCGGCAAUCUCGCAAUGAACGAGUCGGAGAGGGCUGCAGCGAUCUUGCUCAAGCAAAAGAAUCUACCGAUAACGAAAUCGACCAUCGCGGCGGUCGACAUCCUCACGCCUGCAGCGCAGAAGCUGCUGGUCUUAAGUGAGCUACUCGGCGUCGACGGCCAAAUAUUCGGUCAGGAGGGCGAGCGCGUCCUACGAGAUGGUCUACAAUUCAUGUCUGGCCUGAUUGCCAUAUUCAGAGCCUCCCUCGAAUUGCUGGUCAAGAUGUAUGAAAGCCGAGACGAGCAGACGGCGGCUAAGAUCACGGCGGCAAGCGAGAGCAUUCGUUUGGGAGGCAUGCUCUCUAAGGAGUCUCUGACUUCGAUUCGCGAGAUCGACACAUGGAUCGUUGAGGAAUUUUUGGCGUUGCCGUUGGCGGAAGGGGAGAAAAAGACCAAUUGCACAUUCUGCGGCGCGCGGUCCACCGAAUACAGAAAGCUGCUUACCUGCGGUCGCUGCAAGGGUGCCCUAUACUGCGACAAGGUGUGCCAAACAUUGCAUUUCAAGAAGGGACACAAGGCAGAAUGCACGGCGAAGGCGAAAGAGGGCAAAGAAGCGGAUGUUAAUGCUGUCGCUACGAACAGGUGGGAGCGGGAUCGAACGACCAUGCCAGUGGAUGGAGUGAUACCCGACAGAAUCGCGGCCAACACGAUCAUCACAAACGUUCACAAGCUCAUGGUCGUCGGUAAGCUGAUAGGCGGGGACGACGGCAAGGAGUUCAUCAGAAGAGGCGAGCGCAUCAUUCACCAAUAUCUACGUGUGCUUCCCCACAGUCUCUCCGCGAUGAGAGAAUCCGCAGAUAUCAGCAUCACGAAGAGCUGUCAGCGCUACCACUCUCGGCCGAAGAGAGGAGGACCAAGCGCAACUGCACGUUCUGCGGCGCGAGGUCUGCUCAGGACAGAGUACUUCUGA